AGUCAAAAUUAAUCGAUGGCCACAGACGGCAGAACUAGCAAAGCUCCGUCUGCAAUUAGUGUGCAUUUUUCCAAGCUAAUUUAUCCAAAGCCCUUGCCGACCCUGCAGCUGGGCCCAGUUAAGGAUGAGCUCGGCUUUACGCUCAGCGAGCGGUUGGCUCUGCGGCAGGCAUGGAACUUGAUCAGGUCCCGAGCGCGACGAAUUGGCCAGAAUGUAUUCCUUGCCUUUCUCAACGAGUGGUAUUGGAGCAUUUAUAAAUUCAAAAAGGGCAAGGAAAUCAACUUGGCGCACUUGCACGGCCAUGCGCUGACAUUUAUACGCUUUAUGGGCGCUCUGAUCGAUGAGCGGGAUCCAAUCAUGUUCCAGUUGAUGUUGAAUGACAACAAUCAAACACACAGCCGCUGCAAAGUGCGUGCGGAGUACAUUGGGCUACUGGCCCAAGCCCUCGCGGACUACGUGCUGAAGGAACUCGAUAAGGUCAGCUCGCCAACGUUGGAGCGCGGCUUGCAGCGUUUAGUGGAGAAAUUCAGAUCCUAUCAGGAGAUCGAAGUGGAUAAAAGCAAAACUGGCUACAAUCGUCGUGUGAGCAAGAGCCACUUUAGCUUGGACACUCAUUGAGGCCAUUUCCUCAUCCGAAAUGGAAUUGCGAUUAGUUCCCCAAUCAGCAGCAACGUCAUAGAACCCACAGCUCCAAUCCAUUCAACACCAGUAAGGCAACAUGGAAAUUAUAUCGUAUACUGUAUGCCGUAUACCGUAUACGGCGGCUGCUCUGUAUACAACUGCUGCCCGCCGCCCACUGCCACUGUCUCUGCUGCCGUCUCAGUCGCCGCUGCUGCUGGCGUCGUCGCUGUGGCCAUCGAUUUCGUUUCGAUUUUAAGCGCGUUUCCUUUGAGAAAUUUCAGUUUUGCUCGGACGCUCAACGCGCAUUCGCACGUUUCAGUAGUUACAGCAGCACUCUCCUUUCCCAGAACUGGAGCCGAUCAAAAUAGUUGUACCGAGCACUACCGAAAUACUGAUAUAUAAAUCCCGAAAUUAA